UUUCAUCUAUGUUUUUGUUUCUUCUUUACGUGUUAAUAUUCACCAAUCGCAUCUGAGUGCAUAUUUUGAAAUGCUGGCGGUUCAUUACUUGACUAUUUUCUUUCGUAAAAGAACCCCUUAGGCUUCACUCGGCUGUCGCGAGCUCCGCAUAACCGGCGUCGUCUGACCAGCGUCAGAUUAGCAAGAGGACACCCCCGCCCCUCACACCCUCACAUCAUCAAUUCGAUGAAGAAAAGAGUUCGGCCCAACUUUCAAUUUGUCCAGUUCAAGCUGCUUAUUCUCACAACACAGCAGAAGCAGCUUUUUUUCAAAGCACAAUAAUACCAAACCAGCCAUAAAGGAAGCAGCAGCUACUAGUAUCCUUUCUAGGCAAUGGCGGUAUGUGUGGGUGUCAACUAUGACUCUCGUCUUUGAUUCUGAAUUUGAUAUUUACCCCUUUCACCGCUUCUAUGAAAUUAAACCAGAACUAAGAGACCAGGAAACACGUAGAUACGUUGAUAGGAGCAAAUUAUUAUGAGGAUCUUGAUCGCUUAUCUUCCUUCAUGAAGGCGUGUCCUUGCUUGAAGAGACUUGUGUUGAAGGUAAACAGGCCAACAUGUGGGGAGAGGAAAGAAAUAGCGAAAGUUGGUAAAUGCCCCCAUGAUUACCUCAAGGUAGUUGAGAUAGUGGGGUACCGUGCUCAUGCAUGUGUCAUUCAACAUGUCAUGUUCCUAAUGGAGAGUAUUGUUGAAUUGGAAGAAAUUGUUAUUGAUCCUGUCCGGCAUUGGUGUUGGCCUAGGGGAACGGAUGGGGGAAGGGAAGAACCCGAUCUGGAAGCGAAAGCAAGAGAGCAUGCUAUGCAACACCUUAAACAAAGAGUGCCAUCGACUGUUGAAUUUGUAUGCCUAUAGUAAGUGUUGUGCUUAAAUUAUUAAGAGAUUGAGAGUAGAAAAAUUCAUUUGAGACAAAGUUUGCGUUAUUCAGUUAGCUACAUUUUAUGAUUUCUAAGUUAGGUAAUUUUCAAAAGGGGCGAUGUAUUGAAAUAAAGUGAACUACAAUAAAGAAAUAAAGUGAAUUAACUUUUAAAUU